CACACUGCGCAGGUGCGGGAUCGCUCCUUCUUCACACUGCACAGGUGCGGGAUCGCUCCUUCUUCACACUGCGCAUGUGCGAGAGCGCUCCUUCUUCACACUGCGCAGGUGCGAGAUCGCUCCUUCUUCACACUGCGCAGGUGCGAGAUCGCUCCUUCUUCACACUAUGCAGGCACGAGAUCACUCCUUCUUCACACUGCGCAGGUGCGAGAUCGCUCCUUCUUCACACUGCGCAUGUGCGAGAGCGCUCCUUCUUCACACUGCGCAGGUGCGGGAUCGCUCCUUCUUCAUACUAUGCAGGUGCGAGAUCGCUCCUUCUUCACACUGCGCAGGUGCGAGAUCGCUCCUUCUUCACACUAUGCAGGCACGAGAUCACUCCUUCUUCACACUGCGCAGGUGCGGGAUCGCUCCUUCUUCAUACUAUGCAGGUGCGAGAG